AUGUUCAAGGAAAGAUUACUCAACAUCCUCAAGCAUAUACGACCAAUGAGUACCGAAACUACUGCCAAAUAUUAUCCAAAAAUUGUUGAGUCUGCGCAAGCGGACCAGAGCUUAAAGCUAAACCACACAUGUUUCAGGGUAAAGGAUCCAAAGGUCACUGUUGCGUUCUACCAGGAACAAUUUGGUAUGAAGCUAUUAGAUCACAAGAAAUUCCCUGACAUGAAGUUUGAUUUAUACUUCUUAUCAUUCCCUAAUAAGCAGUUUUCGAACAACUCUCAAGGUGCCAUUGACGUCUUUAGAGAAAACGGUAUUUUGGAAUUGACCCACAAUUAUGGUACUGAAUCUGAUCCAGCAUACAAGGUGAACAACGGUAAUGAAGAACCACACCGUGGGUUUGGUCAUAUUUGCUUCAGUGUCUCUAACCUAGAAGCUGAAUGUGAAAGAUUGGAAUCCAAUGGCGUCAAGUUCAAGAAGAGAUUGACAGACGGUAGCCAAAGGAAUAUUGCUUUCGCAUUAGAUCCUAAUGGGUACUGGAUUGAAUUGAUUCAAAACAACGAAUCUGGAGAGGGGAACAACUACAAGUUCAACCAUACCAUGGUAAGAGUCAAGGAUCCAAUCAAAUCCCUUGAAUUCUAUCAAAACGUCCUAGGAAUGAAAAUCCUUGACGUUAGUGACCAUUCAAAUGCUAAAUUCACGCUAUACUUCUUAGGCUACGAAAAUGAUCAAAAAGGAAUUGCUCGUGGUUCAAGAGAAAGUAUCUUGGAGUUGACACAUAACUGGGGGACAGAAAAUGAUCCAGAUUUCGCUUAUCACACCGGUAAUACUGAACCACAGGGGUACGGCCACAUCUGCAUCUCAAACAAGGAUCCAGCUACGUUGUGCGCAGAAAUUGAGAAACUAUACCCAGAUAUCCAAUGGUCUCCAAAGUUCAAUCAAGGUAAAAUGAAGAAUCUCGCCUUCAUCAAGGACCCUGAUGGAUACUCCAUCGAAGUCGUCCCAUACGGAUUGGGCGUUUGA